AUGGAGGUGACGGCGGACCAGCCACGUUGGGUCAGCCACCACCACCCGGCCGUGCUCAACGGGCAGCAUCCAGACACGCAUCACCCGGGCCUCGGCCACUCGUACAUGGAACCGGCGCAGUACCCGCUGCCCGAAGAGGUGGACGUGCUUUUCAACAUCGAUAGCCAAGGCAACCACGUCCCGUCCUACUAUGGAAACUCCGUGCGCGCCACCGUGCAGCGCUACCCGCCGGCCCACCACGGGGGUCAGGUUUGCCGCCCGCCACUGCUCCACGGAUCUCUGCCCUGGCUGGAUGGGGGCAAAGCCCUGGGCAGCCACCACACGGCCUCGCCCUGGAAUCUCAGCCCCUUCUCCAAGACGUCCAUCCACCACGGCUCCCCCGGGCCGCUGUCAGUCUACCCACCUGCCUCAUCCUCCUCGCUGUCUGCUGGCCACUCCAGCCCACACCUUUUCACCUUCCCGCCCACCCCUCCCAAGGACGUGUCACCGGACCCCGCGCUGUCCACCCCGGGCUCGGGCGCCGGUCGGCCAGAGGAAAAGGAGUGUAUUAAGUACCAGGUGCCGCUGCCGGACAGCAUGAAGCUCGAGUCCUCGCACCCAAGGGCCGGCAUGGCCACCCUGGGUGGCGCCGCUGCCUCAGCCCACCACCCCAUCACCUCCUAUCCGCCCUAUGUGCCAGAGUACAGCUCGGGACUCUUCCCCCCCAGCAGCCUUCUGGGGGGCUCCCCCACAGGCUUCGGCUGCAAGUCCAGGCCCAAGGCAAGAUCCAGUACCGAAGGCCGGGAGUGCGUGAACUGUGGGGCUACCUCUACCCCUCUGUGGCGGCGAGACGGGACUGGCCACUACCUGUGCAAUGCCUGCGGCCUCUACCACAAGAUGAACGGGCAGAACCGGCCACUCAUCAAGCCCAAGAGGAGACUGUCGGCGGCCAGAAGGGCAGGCACUUCCUGUGCCAACUGCCAGACCACCACGACCACGCUGUGGAGGAGAAACGCCAACGGGGACCCCGUAUGCAAUGCGUGUGGACUGUACUACAAGCUGCACAAUAUUAACAGACCCCUGACGAUGAAGAAGGAGGGCAUCCAGACCCGGAACCGGAAGAUGUCUAGCAAAUCCAAAAAGUGCAAAAAGGUCCACGAACCCCUGGAGGAGUUCCCCAAGAGCAGCUCGUUCAACCCGGCUGCGCUGUCUCGCCACAUGUCCUCGCUGAGCCACAUCUCCCCGUUCAGCCACUCCAGCCACAUGCUGACCACGCCCACGCCCAUGCACCCCCCGGCCAGCCUCUCCUUCGCCCCCCAUCACCCCUCCAGCAUGGUCACCGCCAUGGGGUAAGCCACACGCCUGACCCGCCGCCGCCCCCAACACACCCACCACCCACCACCCGUGGCCCGGUGGGUGCGAUUGCAAGGAGGAGCAGGAAUCAUGAAGUCGAGAAGGACCGAGGAGGGCCUUGGCGGUGGGACCAGGCGCUGGUGGGCCACCGUGGGCCGUCUUGUGUUCUCCCUCGCCGAAUCUGGAUUCCAUCUGUGAAUAAGCCAUUGAGACUCAUCACUCCCUUCAAACAGGGUCUUUGUGCUGUGAAACGAAAUAAAACAAACAAAGGAAAAAAAAAAAAACAACACGAAACAAAACAUGCGGAAUGUUGCAUAUAACUUAUACUGUAAGAAAGAACUGUAUAUUGGAAGACGACUUUAUUGCA